AUGCCACGCAAGCGUGUUUCUACAGUGAACAAAGAUGCGGAUGUUGCCUCAACUGGAACCACGCCCGGUCCGACUAACGACGGCACCAGAGGCGGCAACGAACAUCCGGGGCGAGGGAGCGCGAGUCUUGCAGUCCCGUCGACGGAGAGAGAGGGAUCGGCGACAGGGGGAAACCACGGAGGCGAUCCACGCGCCGAGCAUACCGCAACCAAGGAGUCCGAGGCGGAGGCAUCUCAACACCAUUUGACGCUGCUCCAGCCGACCGUGGUCGAAAUUUCUGCUGCCGUGCUGGAUAAGGACAAGGUGGGGGAGCACGAGUCGAUGGAGGAUCCUAACCACGGCAUAGCCGACGUCGGUGGCUCUCCUUCUGGUGGACGGGGGAGACGUAGACAGAGGAAGAGCGAUGAGGAGGACGAUUCUGACACCGCCGUGCCCGGGGACAUCACCACGCGUGCGAAGAGGCGGCAGACGACAGGCAGUGCCGACGACGCCGGUGGCGCGGAAGUUGGGAGAAUGCGAGGCGCCAACGAAGCUAGUGGCAAAGCGACAGGUCAUGCAUUGCGCCAAAAGGGCCGACCCGCAGCAAGAAAAACAUCCGGCGGAAGGAGGGGCAAGAAACGGGGUGGUGAAGACCCUGGUGAGGCCGAGGAGGAGGAUGCGCACAAAGAUGAGGAUGAAGAGGAAGCGAAGGAGGAUGACGCGGAUGUUGGGGAGGAUGAAAAAGAUGAGAAUGAUGGCGGGGAGGACGAAGAGGAGGAGGAGGAGGAGGAGGAGGAGGAGGAGGAGGAGGAGGAGGAGGAGGAGGAGGAGGAGGAGGAGGAGGAGGAGGACGAUGAGGAGGAGGAUGAGGAGGAGGAGGAGGAGGAGGAGGAGGAGGAGGAGGAGGAGGAUGAGGAGGAGGAGGAGGAGGAGGAGGAGGAGGAGGAGGAGGAGGAGGAGGAGGAGGAGGAGGAGGAGGAGGAGGAGGAGGAGGAAGAGCAAAGGGACGACGAGGAGGAUGAACAGGAGGAGGAGGAGGAGGCAGAGGAGGAGGAGGAGGAGGAGGAGGAGGAGGAGGAGGAGGAGGAGGAGGAGGAGGAGGAGGAGGAAGAGGGGGAGGAGGAGGAGGACGUGGCAGCAGUGAAGGGACGGGGCGGGCGUGGCAGACGGCAGAGUGGUACAGGGAAGGUGGGGGGCCGGACUCGCCCUUCCCGAAAACGCGGGGCAGUUGACGCCGCGCGCGGCGCAGCAGCUGGCAGACCGAAGGCGCGGAAGGAGAAGGACGACGAAUCUGCAAAGAAAGGUAAAGUCUCCUGUCUCAAAACAGUACACGGCUAA